AUGAUUUGUUUAAAAUUACAAAUCAUUUUGUUGAUUCUGUUUCGCGACGCCUUGAUGAUUGACACCAAUGACACUUCGGGAUAUCGCAAGGAAAGAGUUAACGGUCACAUAGUAAAGCUUAAUUCAAACAAACAAAAUACAAUUCAUUGUGAUGAAGAGGGAUUUCGACCAGAUCAAGAAGAUUGUACAAUUUACUACCGUUGCAUAAAAGCGAAUAACGACAAAUAUAACACAUUUCGAUUCCAAUGCCCUGCAGGUACAGUUUUCGAUACAUAUAGAGGAAUUUGCAACUACCCGCAAUUAAGCGUCGAGCAUUCUGGGUGUAAAAUUCCAAGUGAAGAACAGCACUAUGAUAAUAAAAUUAAGGAUACUGACAAUGAAUUGCCUAAGCCAAUAGUUAACAGAAAUGGUAUAAGUUAUUACAAUCCGCUGCCUAAUUAUAACGAACUAUCAGAUGAUUACGAGAAAGUACCAUAUCAACAUGCAUAUCCAGUUACGCCUUCCACUGUGGCAUACAGCACAGAAACAUAUACUCAAAGGCCAUCGUUUUUGGUUGAAAAUGAACAUGACGACAAUCGCUGUAUAACAGAUGGAUUUAUGGGUGAUUCGAAGAAUUGUAAGAAAUUCUAUAGAUGUGUGAGCAAUUUAAGAGGAGGGUUUAUUAGAUAUGAGUUCAUGUGUAAUGAUGCCACGAUAUGGGAUGAUAACACGCAAGGCUGUAAUCAUGCAUGGAUAGCCCGAAAUUCAAAGUGUAUAAAGGACGACACCUACAAUGAUAUAAAUGACAUUAAUUUGGGCUUUGGAAAUAAAAAUAAUUAUGAUAAAAACUUGGAUCAAAAAAAAGAUAACGAUGAUUUUCCAAAUAAUUACAAUCAGCCACACAAUGAACCUAUUCAGACAACCACCGAGAAAUAUAUAAAAAUAGAUUCAACUACUCGUACGGAAAAACCAUACAAUAAACCUACAUUAAGUUCAGUUCAAAUCCACAAAUUUGGUGACAAAAUAUUAGGAUAUGGUGAUUCCGCAGCGAAUUCGCUUACCACAGAUAGUUUAAAAGAGCCAUAUUCUGAUAAAUAUAAAAGUGAAAUGUGUUCUCGAAAUGGUUUCUUUGGUUACCCCGGGGACUGUAAGAAGUUUUAUAGAUGUAUUGAGAGUUCAAAUGGAAAAUAUGUACGAUACGACUUUUCGUGUAGUGAUGGAACUGUGUGGGAUGAUCAUUUAAAAACAUGUAAUUUUGCUUGGGCGGUGAAAGAAUGUGGUUCCUUUGUUCCCCUCAGAGAUGAAACGAAAGACGUUACAACAACAAAUGUAAAUGUACUAUCGUCAACAGUACACACAAGCAGUUCUAGGCCUCCCAAAGAUGAAUUAUUCGGACAAACUACACCAAACAACCAAGAAAUUUUUACAAAACCUUCAACCUUAAGUGAUAUUGGAGCUUCCGUGACAUACGAUUCGUACCAAGAGGAAUGUAACUCUAAUGGCUUCUAUGGUGAUAAAAAUAAUUGCCAAAAUUUUUAUAGAUGUAUUGAAACUAGACGAGGUGUUUUUACAAAGUUAGCAUAUAAAUGUGGAGAAGGUACGUUAUGGGACUCUAGCAUUGAAGCAUGUAAUCAUGCAUGGGCUGUUAAGAACUGCACUGUUUCCGUAGCAAAUAGCCAAACGAUAGCUGACACACCAGUUAUAACUACUGUUUCUCUUAUACAAACCACCACACAAGCAAACGAAAUAUUGGAACAUAAAUUUGAUUCCCUAUACAACCAAGGACCCAAUAAAUUUACGAGUACCACACCAAAAGAUAUAAAUAAUUUUGAAAACAAUGUUACACAUAAUAAAUGUACUAGCUCUGGUUUUAUAGGCGACGCUAAUGACUGUCAAAAGUUUUACAGGUGUGUAGAUAAUGGCAGUGGGAAGUUCACUCAAUAUGAAUUUACAUGUGGUGAAAACACUGUCUGGGAUUCUAGUAUUGAGUCAUGCAAUCACGCAUGGGCUGUUGAGAAAUGUGGAGGAGUCGAAACUGUUCAGUCGCAACCGACUACACAUGGCAACGAUUUAUUGUCAGAAGAAAACAUUUCGGAUUCUAAGGGAACAACUGCUCCCGACAGUUCAUAUAGUAUAUCCACAACGAGAACUUCUGAAGUUGAUGAAGAAAAUAAACCAUACAAACCUACACCACAAACUGAAACAGGUCAACAACCACAACUAACAACGACUACUGCAACAACUAAAAUACCACUAACAAGCGAUCAAAAUGAACAAGUUAGUACAUCAAGUUCCAAUAAAUGCACGGAGGAAGGUUAUUUCGGAAAUGUAGAGGAUUGUAAGAAAUUCUAUAGAUGUGUUGAUAAUGGAAAGGUCGGCCUUCAAAUGUACGAAUAUUCUUGUGGAGAAGGCACUAUUUGGGACCAGGACCUUAAAGCAUGUAAUCAUCCACAAGAUGUUCAGCAUUCGUCUUGUUCAACAUCAAGUCAAACUCCAACAAACAAUGAUGCUUCAAUUACUUCAGAAUUACCCACCAGUAAAGUAAGUUCAACUUCAACUGUUUUACCUGCAACAACAAUCGAAAAUACAUAUAGUAAUCAUCCAUCCAUUGAGCCAUCCACAACUGGUAAACCAUAUCAGCAAAGUACAAGUUCAAGUGACACUAUAAAUCUAGUUGAUGAAAAUAAAUGUUCAAAAGAAGGAUAUUUUGGGAACACCGAAGAUUGCGGAAAAUUCUAUAGAUGCGUUGAUAAUGGCAGAAAUAGUUUUACAAAAUAUGACUUUACUUGUGGAGAAGGAACUAUUUGGGAUCAAGAUAUAAUAGCUUGUAAUCAUCCGCAAGACGUCGAACAUCCUUCAUGCUCAUCAAAUGUCUCAUCAGCUGAGUCCACAACCACUGAGAAACAAACUGAAGUUCCCUCAUCAACAACGGCAAAAAUCUCAACAAGUAGUUCUACAAUUUCAACCAUACAAGCCACAACAACAACAUCUUCACCGAUCAGAACAUCAACAACGCCAAAAACAUCAACUUCGACAACGACGAGCGUAACUCCUUCAAGUGACACUAUACAUUCAGUUGAUGAAAAUACAUGUUCAAAAGAAGGAUAUUUUGGGAACACCGAAGAUUGCGGAAAAUUCUAUAGAUGCGUUGAUAAUGGUAAAAAUAGUUUUACAAAAUAUGAUUUUACUUGUGGAGAAGGUACUAUCUGGGAUCAAGAUAUAAUAGCUUGUAAUCAUCCGCAAGACGUUGAACGUCCUUCAUGUUCAUCAAAUGUCUCAUCAGCUGAGUCCACAACCACUGAGAAACAAACUGAAGUUCCCUCAUCAACAACAGCAAAAAUCUCAACAAGUAGUUCUACAAUUUCAACCACACAAGCCACAACAACAACAUUUUCACCGAUCAGAACAUCAACAACGCCAAAAACAUCAACUUCGACAACGACGAGCGCAACUCCAUCAAGUGACACAAUAAAUUCAGUUGAUGAAAAUACAUGUUCAAAAGAAGGAUAUUUUGGGAACACCGAAGAUUGCAGAAAAUUCUAUAGAUGCGUUGAUAAUGGUAAAAAUAGUUUUACAAAAUAUGACUUUACUUGUGGAGAAGGAACUAUUUGGGACCAAGAUAUAAUAGCUUGUAAUCAUCCGCAAGACGUCGAACAUCCUUCAUGUUCAUCAAAUGUCUCAUCAUCUGAGUCCACAACCACUGAGAAACAAACUGAAGUUCCCUCAUCAACAACGGCAAAAAUCUCAACAAGUAGUUCUACAAUUUCAAACACGCAAACCACAACUACAACAUCUUCACCGACCAGCAUAUCAACAACGCCAAAAACAACAACGACGAGCUCAACUCCUUCAAGCACAUCUUCAUCAAGCACCGCAACUACGGAAAGUUCUACAAUGGCAAAUAAUGAAAACCAAACUUCUAUGGAAGGACAAGAAAAGGGAAACUUUACAUGUACCAAAGCUGGUUUUUACCCAAAUCCGAAUGACUGUAAAAAGUUUUACAGAUGUGUGGAUUGGUAUAAUAAUGGUACAAGCUUCUCUAUCUUUCAUUUUGAUUGUGGUGAGGGUACUAUAUGGGAUCCGUCUUUAGAUACAUGUAACUAUGAAGAUUCUGUGUAUCCCCCUCGAAAUUGCAAUGGUUCUUCCAUUCAGACACAAAAUAAUACCGAAAGUACAACGUCUGGAAGUAGUUCUACAGAUACAACUACUACGCCAGCAAGUACAGCAAUGACGACGAGUGAACCAUCAACCACAGAAGAAAGUAGCUCUACUUCAACUACAGAACAAAGUAGCUCUACUUCAACAACAGAACAAAGUAGCUCUACUUCAACUACAGAACAAAGUAGCUCUACUUCAACAACAGAACAAAGCACCUCUACUUCAACUACAGAACAAAGCAGCUCUACUUCAACUACAGAACAAAGCAGCACUUCGUCAACUACGGAACAAAGUAGUUCCACUCAAACAUCGACUACAACAGAGCAACAAACUUCAACAACUGAAAAAAGCACAACGCAAACAGAGGCAUCAUCAACUGAACAAUCAACGACAGCAACCUCAGAUUCAACCACAACUGAACGUUCAACUACUCCUAUGGAUCAAACUGAUAAAACAACUGCAGAAUCAUCUACUAGUGAAGGUACAACACAAUCCUCGUCUACUGAACAACAAUCUACAUCAAACACAGAUUCCUCAUCAGAACCAACAGACAGUGAUAAAACGACAACAGAGGCCACACAGCAAACAACUGAAAGUACCACCAGUUCCACUCCCAAAGACAAGUGUCCUGAAAUGAAUGAUGAUCAAUACGCUUAUGUUUGUCCAACAUCAUUUAGAAGACACCCCAAAUAUUGCAAUCUAUUUUAUCAAUGUACCGAAGAUGAUGAUAGCCAUGAUUUGAAAAUAGCCUUAUUUCACUGCCCUAACAAUACAAUUUACGAUGAAUCAAAAACGCAGUGUGUAGAUGAAAAUAAAGCUUCAAAGAAAUGCGAUGGUACUUUAGCCCGAACUCACCGCAUCAAACGAUUCAGUAACGAUUAUAUUGAUCCGAUCAUCGUUGGCACCGAUAGCUAUGCAUGUCCAAAUGUGGGAUACUUUCCCUUCGAGAGAAAUCAAGAAUGUUCACAAGCAAUGUUAAAAUGUCAACGUUCGAGAAACAAUAAUUUAACUGGAUAUGUGUUCCGAUGUCCCGAAGGAUAUACUUUCUGGUCAAAGAGUAAACGAUGUGAACGAAAUUCACGGAUUAAAGAUUGUAAACGGUCGAUCUACCCGUGGAACAAAAGACACGACAUACCAAAAGAGGUUCAUAAUGUUGCAUUGUAUUAA